CGCUGAGCAGCAUGAACAUGCUUCGCCUUGCUUCCCGCCGCGCGACUUUGGUCACCCGAUGCUUCAGCACGGCUCAACCAGCCACCGCCGCGGCAUCAGCCACCCAGCAACAAGACCCGAGCCAACUCAUCUUGUCGUGCGCGUUGAACCAUGUGAAGACGCAGGGAUGGAGCAUUGAAUCCCUCGGUAGUGGGGCCCGCGAUGCUGGUUACCCCUCCGUGGCGCAUGGCAUGUUUCCUCGUGGUCCCAUCGAGCUGGUCGAGUACUUUAUGGACGACCUCCAGCACACGGUUCAAGACAAGUUGGCUGCAGAAAGCACCGUUGUCGACAUUCCGGUGACGGACCGCCUCAAGCGCGGCAUUCGAGUUCGUUUGGAGCUCUUGGCGCCAUACAUCAGCGUGUGGCCGCAAGCGAUGGCUCUUGGAGCCUUGCCGCAGAACGCCCCUACGACCAUGAAGAAGCUGGCAGAAAUGAUUGACGACAUUUGGGUCUUCGCGGGCGACCGCACCACAGACAUGUCAUGGUACACCAAGCGUGCGGUGCUCACGGGAGUGUACACUGCGACAGAGUUGUUUAUGCUGUCGGACCAUUCGCCCAACCACGAAGAAACGUGGAAGUUCCUCGAUCGCCGCAUCGAAGAAGCCAUUGCGUUAGGCGACAUCCCCAACAACGCCCAAGACGUUGCGGGUAUGGUAAGCAUCGGAAUUCAAUCGUUGUUGUCCACGGCGGCGGCGUUGGCUGGCCCCGUGACCCAGCAAGUGGUGCAGCAAGUGGGACAACACGUGCCCAACCCGAUCUCGGCAUUCCCAUCCACGACGUUCCCAUUCAAGAAGUCGCCGUUCACUUACGCGUCGUCAGUGCCGCCGCCCCCGACUGUCCCGACGCCGGCCCCUGCUACAGCCCCCUUGGAUCCUGUGCUUGCUGCCACGCCACCCCCAACGGUCGGCCCCUUGGACUCUGCUCCGCCCGUUGCGAAAUCCACAAGUUCCCCCUGAUGCAUUUGGAUAAACUUCCCCUUUUUGCUGCUUUGGUUAUGGUUCCCCUUAGUCGAUCCAAUGCAUUUCCUCCGCAAGAACGUGGUCAAUCUCUUCAUCUUCA